AUGUCUACAGACCUUAAAUUAUCUUACUUACCGGACUCUGAUGUAGAUGACUUUUAUGAACUUAAUAUACGUCAAAAAAGUCUUAACAAAAUAGACAAUGCUGAUUUUGGAUGGUUUCACAUCAGGACAUGUAUAGUAGCUGGUAUUGGCUUCUUUACAGAUGCUUAUGAUCUAUUUGUUAUAAAUUUUGUUGCUGCCAUGCUAGCCCAUACCGAAUUGACGGGUUAUAAUGCCACUGCUCGAGCAAGCAUUGAUAUGGGUUUAAAAAUGUCAGCAGCAUGUGGAACUUUAGUAGGGCAAUUGGCAUUUGGUUGGUUCGCUGAUCGCUAUGGACGUAAAAAAGUCUACGGUUGGGAACUUGCAAUUAUGAUCAUGGCAACUUUCGGUUCUGCAAUGUCCUCAAAUUCGUUUGCGAUCACGACUUGGGCUUCAAUUAUGUUUUGGCGAUUCAUAUUAGGUAUUGGAAUUGGAGGAGAUUAUCCUGUGUCUGCUAUUAUUACGAGUGAAUUUGCAACGGUUAAGAGAAGAGGUGCAAUGAUAUCUGCCGUCUUUGCCACGCAAGGAUUCGGAAUUUUGACCGCAGGUGUAGUUUCGGUGGCAACUUUGGGUGCAUACCAAGAUUCCAUAAGAAAUAAUCCUAUGUAUAUUGACGGUGUAUGGCGAGUAGUAUUGGCAUUUGGUGUAAUCCCUGCGGUUGUUGGAUUAUACUUCCGGAUUACUAUUCCGGAAACGCCGCGUUUUAUGAUGGAUGUUUUGGGUGAUGUCGAAAAAGCAACUCAUGAUAUUGAUACCGUAUUAAACCAUGAAGGUCCUUUGAGCACAAAAGGGGGACUUAUUUAUGUCAUAGAGACACCUAAUGCCACGUGGAAGGAUUUUAAAGAAUACUUUAGUAAAUGGGAAAAUGGUAAAAUUUUAUUAGGAACUUCGAUCUCGUGGUUCGUAUUAGAUGUAGCAUUUUAUGGCAUAGGAUUGAACAACGCGAUCAUCUUACAAGCCAUUGGAUUUGGUGAUAAUCAAAAUACCUUUUCAACUCUUUGGAAUUUGUCUGUUGGCAACAUCAUCAUCACUAUAUUGGGCACGAUUCCAGGGUAUUGGUGUACCGUUUUUUUAAUAGAUAAGUGGGGUCGUAAAAAGAUCCAAUUAAUGGGAUUUAUAAUUCUCACUGGGCUAUUUUUGAUUUGGGGAUUUGGUUAUCAACUUAUAAAACAACACAUGGCAAUAUUCAUUAUAGUAUUCUCAUUAUGCCAGUUAUUUCAAAAUUUUGGACCUAAUGCAACUACAUUUGUCGUGCCAAGUGAAGUUUUUCCUACAAGAUAUAGAUCCACAGGACAUGGUAUAUCAGCUGCAUCCGGAAAAUUAGGUGCAAUUAUAGCACAAGUAGGAUUCUUUCAACUUAAAGAUAUCGGUGGUACGAACAACUUUGUGGAUCGCUUAAUCCUAAUCUUUGCAUGCUUUAUGUUUUUUGGAAUUUUUUCAACAUUAUUGAUACCUGAGACGUGUGGAAAAACGCUAGAGAAAUUAUCAAAUGAGCAUCCGCAAAUAGUUGUUAACGUUAAUAGAAAACACAAGCGUAAAUCCAGUGGCUAA